ACCAUUUCCCGCCAUUACCAUAUGUAAUAUGAACAACGCAAGAAAAUCUGUUGCCCGAAAUAUUUUAGAAACGUAAUGUAUACCUAAUUUAUUAGCUACUUACUAUGAAUUUCGUAAAAUAUAUAAAUAAUGUUUUACAACUAUUCACGCACAGAUCCUCAAAACCCGAAAACAAUAUCGACCGACGUCUUUUAAGUGAUUUCUGUGACGAAGAUCCAUUAUCAAUGGAUUCAUCGAUUGACAAUUACACAGGCGAUUGGGAUUCAUUAAAAAAAUUUAUGAUUAGAGUAUCUCAACCUUGUCAUGAAAUGAUAGUAUCAUGUUUAUGGGCCAACAACCCUAAAGUUUGUUCAGAAAUAUUCAACCCUUCAUUAACAGACGAAGGUAUAUGUUGUUCAUUCAAUAAAGUAAAACCAGAUUACAUAUUUCGGAACCCAAAAGAUUUAUCAGAUUUAAAUGUUACCUUUCCAAAUCCGUCUGCAAAUUGGACUCCUGAAAAUGGAUACCCACCGAAUACGCCUGCUGAAUAUACACCCUGGAGGCCCUGGGGUGCCGGUAAUCAUUUAGGAUUAACUCUUGUUUUGGAUGCUGAAAUAGAGGAAUAUUAUUGUUCAUCAGAAGUCAGCUAUGGAUUCAAAGUAAUAUUAUAAAUUUAUAGGGUCCGGAUCAAUCUUGUAAAACGAUUCUUUUAUUUUGUAUUUAAAUCAGGGUUAGAAAACACGAAAAAGCCUGGGCUGCUUUUCUGUAUUAAACCCACUCAUUAUUUUGAAAAAAAUCACGUGCUGCUUUUCUGGAUGAAAUAUAAAUUCACUCUAAUUUUUUUUUUUUUACUUGUGUUAAU